AUGGUUGGACAUCUUUCAGGCAUUGUCGCAAAGGUGAAAAAUGUCGGUCACCCAGAUAUUUUGUCUACCCAGUGCAUUUUGCAUAGUGAGCAACUUGCUUCAAAAAAAAUGUCCCCAGAACUACACGAAGUAUUAUCCGAUGUUAUGAAAAUUGUAAAUCAUAUUCGACACAAAGCGCUUAAUUCUAGGUUAUUUGAGUCACUUUGUGAAGAAAUGGGUUCCCAAUAUACACACCUUCUUCUUCAUGCAGAUGUAAGAUGGCUGUCGAGAGGGAAGAUUUUAACCCGACUGUUUACUCUACGUGAAGAAGUUAAAUUAUUUUUCCAACAGCAAAAUAAUGUGAAAUUUCAAGAACUUUUAUUCAAUGAUGAGUGGGUAGCCAAACUUGCAUAUCUGGCAGAUAUUUUUCCGCUGUUAAAUGAAUUAAACAUAUCCAUUCAAGGACAACUUAAGGACGUGUUCACAGUACGAGACAAAAUGGAUGCUUUUCAAAAAAAAAUAUUACUUUGGCAAACACGGUUGGCUGUAGAGGAUCUACAAAUGUUUCAACAUUUUGAUGAAUAUAUGAAAGAAAAGGACGUUAACCAGCGAGUGGUAGCUAUUGUUCAACAGCAUUUAGAAUCACUUACAGAAUCUUUUUGUCGUUAUUUCCCAAAAAAAGAAGACCCUAGACAUGGUAAUAUGUGGAUAACAGAUCCAUUUGCAGCAAACAGUAAAAAUAACAAGUUAAAUAUGAGCGAAAAAGAAAGCCUCAUCGAUUUAUCAUCCGACUCCUCACUCAAAACUAAGUUCCUGGAAUUAUCAAAAAGCCAUUUUUGGCUGUACGUUAAAAAUGAAUACCCUUUGUUGAGUGAAAAAGCAAUGAAAAUCUUAAUUCAAUUUUCAACUACGUAUUUAUAUGAAAAAACAUUUUCUUCGGUCACAGUUGUUAAGACACGGUACCGGUCUCAGCUAGAAAUAAGUAAAUCUCUACGACUUGCAGUGACUACAUUGGAGCCAAAAUUGCACGAAAUUCUUCAAAACAAACAGGAACAAAUAUCACAUUAA